UACCUUUCUACUGCAGUCCUAACGUAGAACGUGUAGCAUGGUAAUAUAUUUCUAGAAAGAUCGGAACGUUCCAGAUUGGUGGAUGGUAUACUAUAUAAGAUGAGAAGGAGCUUAGUGUUUAAUACUAGAGAAAUACCUGCGCUCGAGGACUCUUUGAUAUUCCAAGAACCUUUUGCCGUUGAUAAAGAUUAUACGUCUGGUAAUACUGCUAUAACUUCUGAGAUAGAAGAAAACGAUUAUUUAAGCAAAAUGUUUUAUAAUACCGACCCUUUAAGAUAUGGAGAAGCGUGGCCGUGUUGGUUUGGUGCUACACCCUCGGUCAAUGAAGGUUACAAUCCAGACUGGUGGCAAGGUGGAGGUGGCACUGUAGCACCACAUUUUGAGCAUUCCCAUGGUUCUGGCAUGGGUGGAGUGAAAAGUAUACCCAUUAAAGUCACUCAUGAAAAACCAUCAUCUACUCAGUCUUCUGGCACUGAGAAGUCAAAACCAAAAGUACAUCAUGUUCCUGUGUCGUUUGAACUGGAUCCUCUGGUGUUAGGUUCAAAACCACAACACAGAAAUUACUUUCAAAAUAUCCGCCAAGAUCCAUCAUUUAACACGGAAGACUGGGGGAAUUCUCGAACAACUUCUGGUCUGAAGCAGGCUCGUAGAGAACACAACUUAACUGAGAAUGAUGCUGGAAUCGGGAAGACAUCCUGGGCUGGUAAACAAACGGACAGAACAGUAGAACCAAAGAAUGUUCGUCACAUUCCAGUUACCAUUGAACCAGACACAGAGGAACUUAAACCAAAGCUUCCAAAAAUUAAUGGCUCAUCACCCAGUACCAUGAAGAAAAAGAAGGAAUAUUUACAUGUAGACAGAUUAGGUAACAUCAGUAGCCAAGAAAAAAAAAAGGCUCCUGUGGAGCAACAGUAUGGUGGUGCUAAUUCCAGUAGCCAACAUACAUCCUCUCAAGUCAGUGGGCCAGUAGAUCCAUUAGAACAGAUCCUAGCCAUUCAAAAGGAAUUAGAAACUCUUCAGCAACAAGUUUCGGACUUCAGUGGAACAGCAAAGGAUAAACAUUAUCGAUAUCUAGAUGAAAUGCUUACUAGGUGUAUGUUAAAGUUAGAUAAUAUUGAAACUGGUGGGGAGGAAAACAUCCGAAAAGCAAGAAAAGCCGUUGUAAAUAAAAUACAAGCUGCUAUUUCUCAGCUUGAUGCAAAAGUUACGUCACCUAAGAAUGAAAACGGACAUAAAGAACUAGUAGAAACAAAUGUUGGAAAACCAAGUAAUUCUACAGAAGAGAAAUCCAACGUUGAGGAAGAAAUGGAAGUCGCAGAUGACUCAAGUUCUGGCAGCAAACAGGUAAAGAUGGAUCAGGAGAACAAAGAAAUUUGUACUGCUGCUGAUGAUGAUGUCCAAGUGGAAGUAGAUGGAAAGAUGGAACAAAGAACCACAGGAACUGAGUUAACAGCUGAAGAUGUGAAUGAAGAACCUUCAAUGAAUGUUGAUGUAUCACUGGGACAAAGUGAAGGAACAGAACAGACAACUAAAGGAACUGAGUUAACAGCUGAUGAGAUGAAUGAAGAACCUUCAAUGAAUGUUGAUGUAUCACUGGGACAAAGUGAAGGAACAGAACAGACAACUAAAGGAACUGAGUUAACAGCUGACGAGGUGAAUGAAGAACCUUCAAUGAAUGUUGAUGUAUCACUGGGACAAAGUGAAGGAACAGAACAGAAAACUUCAGGACUUCAAGUGAUGCGUAUGACAGAAAACUCGCAAGUGACGGCGGAUAAGGAGGAAGAUGCAGCAAAAUGCACUACCAAUCAGAUUGAAGAAGGAACAUUAUUAACGGAGCAGUCACGUGGUGAAGAAAAUGUACAAGAAGGGGAAUCGCAUGAAAUAACAGCUGAAGAUAGAAGCACUGCUAACAGAUUUGCGGAUGGAGACGCUUCCUGUAUCCAGUCAGACAAUACAGAGAUACAAAUGGGAGAUGAUGAUGAAGAGCAAAGAAAGUCUGAAGAUGUAGGAGUAUCGUCUGAGACUAGAGACUGUACAGUGUAAUGUUUUAAUACUUUCAAAUUAGUCUAAUUCUCUCAUUAUCAAAUAGUUGUACUCUGAGACAAGAUGGUAAUCGUCAGGUAUAAAUAAUAUUAGCCAAAGAUGUUUGAUAAAGGAAUAAUGGAACCCUGUUACUAUUAUUAAUCAUUCUUUUAGUGUUAGACAGAACACUUUUAUUAGAUGUACAUAUGGUUACACAUUCAGUUAAACAGUACGUACUCAGUUAAACCGUUUUUAAACACCUGCAGUCCAGAUUGGGUAGAGUAUAAACAAGAGAAGCAAAAAAAAACUGAAGAUUGCUGAUUUGAAUAUAAACGGUUGAAACAUUAUCCACUUACAAACCUUGUGGAAAUUCUGUUACAUCCUUGUAGAAGUAAAUUCUCUGCUAGAGAAAACUGGUCUUGUUGUAACGAUGGUGAAACAGUUUUAUAUUUUUUGCACUGAAAUGUAAACAUCUGAGGAGUUGUUCCGAAAUGGCGCACAACAGUAUAUUACUGUGUUAUUGUAUUUUUUUUUCCUAGAAUAAAGUAAGAUCACCCAAAAUGAGAUGUAUACAUACAUCUACAUUUGUAUAUAUUAACAUUGACAAAAAAUAAUUGUGUGUAAAUCCUUUACUUCAUACUUUCAAAGCUGUUUUGAAUUAUUCAGUUUUAAUUUAUUGCUCCAUUUUUGAACUUCUCGAAAAAGUGAGAGUUGAGAGCUUUUCGGAAGUUUCCAGCAGUUCUUCAUAAUACCACACAUCAUAUAAAACUACAUGCCGGUGUCUCCUGAUAAGUCUCUCUCUCUCUAUAGAGAUGUGUCUCCUGAUAAGUCUCUCUAUAGAGAUGUGUCUCCUGAUAAGUCUCUCUCUCUAUAGAGAUGUGUCUCCUGAUAAGUCUCUCUCUCUAUAGAGAUGUGUCUCCUGAUAAGUCUCUCUCUCUAUAGA